UGAAGGAAAAAUUAGAAAUUCCUCUCAAUGAGUAAACUUUGAUGUCAGUACCUCAUUUGGGCUUUUUUUUCUUGUCUAAAGGUAGCGAUUGGCUGUUGCUGUUAUUUUGUUGCAGGAAAUCCCGGUGGUUGGGUAGUAUACGGGAGGCUGGGAAACAGGGCUUCAAAGCAGAGCUGACGGUCACUUACCGUCUCUCGGUCACCCACGAGGAUUACCCCCCUCAUCCACCCCCUCAUUCUUUUCUCUUCAAAAUUCCUUUGUCACUUUUUGCUUGUCAUGCUUGCUUUGACAUUUUCUCUGACGUGGUUACGAAGUUGAAGAUUGUUGUCUUUCGUUUACAAGCUCUUAUCGAUACCGACCCAUACAUAGUCCGGGGUGACCGGUCUAGUCAAGUUUGAAUAAUAUCAUCAACAGUGCUCGUGGUUUAUCGGACUUGGUGAGGGACUGAACGAGUUUGGCACUCUUCUCGUGAUCCCGGCACAUAUCUCCGUCCACCAUGCACACUUCUCGCAUAUUACAUUCGGCGAUAUCCAUACUGACUCUAUUGGCGCAAGUUCAGCGCUCUGCUGCGUCCCCUCUGGAUUUUGAUGAGACCGGCCUCGAAAAGCGCUGCGCAAACUCCUGUGGCUAUUAUGGCCAACUCUGCUGCAGCUCCGGUCAGACGUGUAGCACCGAUGGCAAUGGCCAGGCAGUCUGUGCAGAUUCUUCCGGUGGCAGCUGGCAGUACUUCACCACAACUUUCGUCACCACGGAAACCGAUGUGUCGACAAUUACAUCUACAUGGAGCAGUUAUGUAGGACAGACUACAACUGCUGGGGGUGGCUCAGGGAGUUGCAAGGCCGAACUGGGCGAAACCAUUUGCGGAAACACCUGUUGUGGUGCGGCGUACGUCUGUUCCAACAACCAAUGUGUGAUGGGAAGUUCAUCAAUUUGGGCCACCGCUACCGCUACACCUCCAGUACGAGGCACAAGUGCGUCUACUAUUACUGCGACUGCAUCGGCGACAACCACACAGGGAUUUGUUGCUCCUGUUGGCACCGACGGAGCCACACUCAUCGGCGAAAAAGCACCAGACAAUGGAGGACUAAGCGGUGGGGCAAUCGCAGGUAUCGUUAUCGGAACAAUUGCUGGCGUCUUUCUUCUCUUGCUCCUUUGCGCCUGCCUGUGCUGUCGGGGAGCUCUGGAGGCUUUGUUUGCUUGCCUGGGUCUUGGUGGUAGAAGAAGAAGAAAGGAGACCACAUAUGUGGAAGACCGGUAUUCCCAUCAUGCGCAUGGUGGCAGGCCUGAACGACGUACAUGGUUCGGUUCGCGUCCGUCAGCUCCACCGCCGCAGACUGGCGAAAGAAAGAGAUGGGGCGGGUUGGCAACUCUUGGGAUUAUGUUGGGCGCGCUUGCUCUAUGUCUGGGACUGAAGAGGCGCAGAGACCACGAGGAUGAAAAGAGCGAUUACACUUACCCGAGUUCAUACUACUACUCUGAUUAUUACACCAGCGCAAGUAGCGCAAGCUCGGAUAGACGAACGAGACGGACAAGGGACACCAGGCAAUCCAGACGAUCUCGCACGCGCUCACGACGAUCAUGAUUAACGAAGUGAUACAAUGAAUAUCUAUCAACGAGUCGCAUAAGACUAUGAACCUGUUUAUGAUUUUUUGUUUUCUUCUUUUCCCCAUUCCCUUUUGGUUCCCUAUCGAGCAUAGAAUGGCGCCGGUUUGGUAUUUUCUGCGUUGUUUGUAUUACCAUGUUUCGGUUGCCUUGCGUCAAAUCCCCCGUACACUUGUUCUCCUUUUUUUCUUUUUCUUAUCUGAAAGUUGAUAUGUAUGAUGAUGAGCUAUGUAUCCAUGUUCUAAUGACCUGUCCAUUUUUUGUCUCCCUUGUUUUCGGAUAUAUUUUGACGGGGACAAUGAAGGAACGAUGUAAAUACGAAACAGUGCAAUGACAAUUAUGUCAUCUUGCCAGAGAUACUGAGUAAUGAAAAGUCUUGAUCGGAAACAUU